AUGGACCACGAUCACUCGCAUAUGGAUCACUCGGGGAUGGAUCACGGGCACAUGGAUCAUGGCGACAUCGGCCACGGCAACAUGCCGAUGUGCAACAUGAACAUGCUCUUCACAUGGGACACGACGAACCUGUGCAUCGUGUUCCGCCAGUGGCACGUCCGCGGGCCGGCGUCGCUGGUCUUCAGCCUGCUGGCCAUCGUGGCCAUUUGCGCUGGCUACGAGGCGCUUCGCGAGGCGACGCGGCGGUACGACUCGUGGGUGGGCGCGAAGCAGGACUCCGUCGGACACAACGACGUUGAGCAACACGAUCAUCAUCCAGAGGAGCAAGUUACUGAGCAGACGCCGUUCCUGCGCGCAACAGGACGAGUGAACAGCGGACAAGACGGCACCCACACCGCCGCCAUCGGACAGCGCGCCCACAUCGUCAAGGCCGUGCUGUAUGCCGUGCAGAACUUCUAUGCGUUUAUGAUCAUGCUAUUGUUCAUGACUUACAACGGCUUCGUAAUGAUCGCCGUGGCCGUCGGUGCUGGACUUGGGUACUACUUCUUCGGGGCACAUACGAAGGUGACCAAGGAGACGGCCUGUCACUGA